AUGACAGCAUCGAGCUCAACAGCGUGUUCAGAUGGUGACACAAGCUCGACGACGGACUCGAGGUGGUUCAUCAUUGGCAUCGCUGUGGCUAUAGUGGGGUUCCUUGCGCUUGGAAGCUGCUGGUGGUGGUGCUGCUGCCGUCGUCGGACCUUAAAACGCUUUAAUGGAUCUCGAGACGGCCACAGUAUCGAGUAUGUGGACUGCGAGUUGACCCCUGAACUAAUGGCGAUCGUGGCUGAUAGCGCCCAUCGCUCUUCCAGUGCCACGCGAUUCGGGAACAGGUUCUUUUAUUAUUUGCCGGGCAUCACGAGUGUGCCGUCUAUGGACGUGUUUGAUCAAUUCAGUACAAAUAGCGCGCAGAAAUCGUGUAGUCCAGCUACAACAACUGCAGCAACUACCAUCAUGGAGUCGUCGCCACUGGACGAUGCAUUGCAGGUACCAGUGAUGUGUGAUACAAGUGACGAGUUGACGCGCAAUGCGCUCGUUUUGGAGCAGUGUCGAUUGUCUCCAGAGAGUAUCGUCAGGGGCGGCGAGCUUUUGCGUGCAGGAAGUUUCACCUCGGCAUUUCGGACCACGCUUCAACUCGAGGGUCAGGACCGUCGUCAAGUGGUUGUGAGACGUCUGCUCCCGGCGCUGGCAGACCAGCAAGUGUAUCGCCAAGCUUUCAUGGCAGAUGUAGCACUUAGUGCGGUGCUCGUGCAUCCACAGAUCGUGGCAUUUGUUGGAUUUUAUGACCCGACACAGCGCGUCUACGACCUCGAUGCUUCCCCGUCGUCGUCAUAUAUGUUACCACAAGCGCAGCUGUCUGCUGUGACCGAGUACAUGGCCAACGGAACUUUGCGAGAUCUUCUGAUGCUGCGGUCCCGCGACACUCACGACUUUGGCUGGUUUAAUUCCAUCUCAGUGCUUAAGACGAAAGCACAGCUUGCGUUGGACAUUGUGGAUGCACUAGUCUAUUUGCAAUCUCGACCAGCAGGUACAAGUACACCGCUGCACCCUCCAGAGCUCAAGGCGCAACGAGUGCUAUUAUCCGAGCAGUACGACGCCAAGCUGUGCACGUUCGGUAUCCGGAGAGCAGUGGGUAUUCAAGCCACACACUCUCGCAGCGAUUUCUCUGUUGCAUGGUUAGCACCUGAGCUGCUACGAGGCGAGCCUAGAAGUGAGCAGGCAGACGUGUACGCUCUGGGCGUGCUGCUAACAGAGCUCGACACGUGCAAACUACCGUUUGAAGCGGGUGUAGACAUGGAUGAUCAUAUGGAUGAGCAGCGGCAAUUGGCACUGCUCGUGAGCUCAGGUUGCAUCCGUCCAGCCGUGUCGAUGGACUGUCCUGUCCAGAUCCAGGAACUGGUGAUGCGGUGUUUAAGCUUCUCGCCGCAGCAGCGCCCGCCUGCAAUUGAAGUGCAGCACACGUUACGAAAACUGAUCAACAGCACGAGCAUUUGCAAUUCGUCACCGACCUCGCUCUUGUCCAACGUGCCAUCGCUCUAUAGCACGCCAGGACCAUGUAUUACGACACUCAGCGCUCUCUUCACCCCGUGA